CUAGUCCAACACGUCAACAAACCAAACAUAAUCCAUCUUUAGUACACCGAUAAAUUUAUGCCGCAUGCGAAACAAGAAUUAUGUUAUAAUGAAUGCAGAGAUGAAUUACGAUGAUAUUAGAUAUACGAGACACCAAUCAUCUUGAUUCGUUGCUUUAGAGACGAUCACACAGCUCAUUUUACAGUGAAAGGAACGGUUUAUAUGUAAUGAAAUUAGGAAAGCCUGAUCAAAGUUACUUCGAGGAUGAGCAGGAGAAAAUGACAAUAGAGGAGCGCGAUCGCCUCCAAUCCGAUCGAACCUACAAACAAAGUGCAUUUUGUCCGCGUCCGCUUGGAAAGCUGACAACAAAGCGACUACCAAGAACACUAUCAAACAUUCAUGUCAAUCAUAAAGUUCGUUCAUAUGUUGACGAGUCGACAAACGUUAACCCAACCAAUGCAUUCCGAUUGUGGAUCGAGAGCGGCCGGCGAGAACCUCCAUUUCCUCGUCGAUGGGAUCCAGCGUUUGACAGCAAUGUGUGGCGCAAUUUCCGAACGAAUACGAAGGAAAUCGUCAAGCUCGAUACCUCCGGAAAGACUGUCCCGUCGCUGAUAGCAGACAUGUACCCGAUGAAGAUUCCUCCGCAUUCUAGCAUGGGCUCGAAUACUUUAGGAAAGUUUCUGAGCGAGGUUCCCAUAAUCGAAAAUGAUCGUCUUCGUACCAUGGCUGUUGCCAGAUCCGAGAAAGAUAUGAAGGAGUUCAAGAAACUGAAGCUACGUAGCGAAAUGCGUGUUCCGCCGAUGGAUGAGUAUGGGUACAUUCUUCCGCCGAAUGAGUUCAGAUUGUAUGAACGACCGAAGCUUGAACGUGUUGAUCCCAACCCGACACCUACGAAUUCCGUAAACCUACGGCAGAUGACCGAACUUGAAAGGGACUCGCAAAGAGGUGUUACCGGAACAGUUCGAACAAGUCCGACGCGAUUAUGGAAACUCUCGUUCAAGGAUAAUAAUCCACAGUAUAAGGAAGUUAUGAGAGAAAAGCUAGAGAAGAGUCAGUCGAUGGCGUCAACAAUGACGAAGAAAAGCAUUAACAAAUCUGAAGUAUUUUUUAAAUGAACAGACUUUGACUAAGUAUGAUUGAUUGUCAGUCCGAUUCCAAAAUCAUUGCAAGCCUCGUCAAGUCGCUCAGUCUAAAAUUGUGGAUAUUGUUAACUGCAUACCAGUCCACCACACAUUGAUAUGGGCCUAGAACGCAAUUCAUACCGUUAUCACAUCACUCGUCACUUUAAUCCCUCAUCAUUGUAUGAGGUAACUAUAUCAUUAUAUCAAUGGUUGGUCAUCAUCACCAUUACGAUCAUAUUCAUCAUCAUCAUCAUCAUCGUCGUCCUCGUCGUCUUUGUGAAUCAUUGUGUUUCUAUCGCCGUCUUUGUUCCCAUCAUUGUCCAUCCCAGAUUACUGCCAGUCCUCAAAUACCCUUAAAUAUCAUCGAUGGUAAAUAAGGAGUUUUCGAAAUAGCAACGCAUGACGUACUGUCAGAUAUCGUAUGCAAAUUAUUAAAACUUUCAAACAUUUUCAUUGGCACGCAAAAUGGAUCCGUUUGACAUUCUAAAUAUGUAAAAACAGUUUUGUGCUGUGCGAUUAACGUUUAUGAUGGAAUUUCAAAAACUCCCUACUCUCUAAUAAUAUCGGCACCAUCCUCGCCACCACCACCCUCAUCAUCAUGAUCCUUUAAACUUAUCACCAUCAUCCAUCGUCGUCGUCGUCAUCGUAAUCAUCAUUGUAAAAUUCAUCAUCAUCAUUAUUUAAUAUGCCUAUUUAUCAUCACUCUCGUCACCAUCAUCGUCUCAAUCGUAAUCAUCUCGUCGACGGCAUUAUUAUCAAAAUCAUCAUCAUUAUCAUUCAUCAUCCAUCUAUUAUAUCGACAUUGUACGUGUAGCAAGACAAUGAAUAAGGUACAGUACUUUAUACUAUUUAUUAUGAGUUAUUAAAUUAUUAAAAUACAAAAAAGAAAUAUAAAAUUAUUAAAACGUUACAAAAGUUAGCGUCCGUAAUUAGAGAUUAGUAAUAUUAUUCUUCAUAUUGGAACAAGUUUUUCAUUAUUACAACUGAGACUAUUCUAAAAGGUACCGAUCCCACUACGAUGAUAAUAGGGCACUAUCUACAUUUAUUGCUAUUAUUGUCUAAUGUAAUGUCUAUGCCCAUAUUUUACUAAUUUCAGGAAUCGUUCUUCCUCACGCGGUGCAAUACAGUGUUCAAAUCCAAAUAUUCUGAAAGGAAUGUAUAUUUAUUAGUAGCUUUAUACUAUACCUCUGAUUAUCAAUCUUAUAUUGAGAGCUUAUAUUACUGUCAUUUAAUUAAAUGCAAAAUUUUCAUAAAAAUAGUAGCAUUAUUACCGAUGGCGCAUAAAACCUACCGAUGCCUGUGUCUUCUUUAUUGAAUUUCCGUAAAAGAAUACAAAAAUGUGUAAACUUUAUAAAUAAAUGUGUGUUUUACCGUUA